AUGUCCAGUCCCCUUCCUGUGCUUCUCUGCUCUGUGGAGCCAAAGCACUCUGGACUUGAGAGAAGAAAAGCCCCAUCCAUGGUUUUGACUAGGGCGAUUGGCAUCCCCUCCACACAUGACGACAUUAGCAAGCCUCCCGCCCUAGCUCUAUCGGUUCUCGUUGCUUCCCUUCUUAGUGACUUCAGCCAGACAUUCGUUGGACCACUGACGGGUCGCCGACCGUCACCGGACCACCGCUGGACUUCAGCCCGACCUUCGUCGGACCACCGCCCGGCUGCCAACCGUCAUUGGACUUCCGCCCGGCCGGCCCGACCUUCGUCAGAUCACCGCCCGGCUGCCGACCUCCGUCGAACUUUAUCCAGGCCGCCGACCGUCAGCGGACUUCAGCCCAACCUUCGUCGGAUCAUCACUCGGCUGCCGACCGCCUGGCCUUCGACCACCGCGGAACAACCGCUAGGCCGCCGAACGCCGCUAGACCACCUCGAACCUUCUGAAUGCUGCCGGAUCACCGCCCGACCGCCGAUCGCUGUUGGACCGCCAAUGGACCACCACCCGACUGCCGACAACAGCCAGACCACCGCCCGGCCGCUAACCACUACCAGACCAUCGCCUGACAACCCACUGGAGAUGGACUUCAACCUGGCCUCCAUCGGAUCACUGCCCGGCUGCCGACUAUCACUGGACUUCACCACGGUCGCCGAACGCUGCAGGACAUCAACCCGACCUUUGUCUGACCACCGCCCUACUGUCGACCUUCACCGGACCACCACCCGGCUGCCGUCCGACGAUCGCCUCCAUACUUCACCCGACCAUCGACCGCCAUCGGACUUCAGCCCGACCUUCGUCGAACCAUUGCCCGGCCACGACCCCCCUUGGACCACCGCCCUGUCACGACCUCCACCGGACUUCAGCCCGACCUUCAUGGAACCACCGCCUGACUUCCAACCACAGCCGGACUUCAACCAGGCCGUCGUCUGCCACCUGAAUUUAACCCGACCUUUGGCAUACCACCGCACGGUCACCGAUCAUCUCUGGACCACCGCCCGGCCGCCGACCUCAGCCGGACUUCAUAUCGACCUUCGUCGGAUCACGGUUUGGCAGUCAACUGCCUCCAGACUUCAGCCCGACCUUCAUCGGACCACCCCCCGACCACCGACUGCCGCCGAACCACCGCCCGACACCGACCAUCGAUCGCCAUCGGACUUUAGCCUGACCUUCGUCGGACCAGAGCCCAGCUACCGACCGCCGCUGGACUUCAGCCCGACCGCCGACCACGGCCAGACUUCAGGUCGACCUUCAUCAGACCACCGCCCAGCUAUCGACUGCCAUCAAAAUUUAGCCCGGCUGCCGACUGCAGCCGUACUUCAACCCGACCUUCGUCUGACCACCGCCCGGCUUUCGAGCGCCAUUGGACUUCGACCCGGCCGCCGACGGCUACCGGACUUCAGCCCGACCUUUGUCGGACCACCGCCUGAUCGAUGA